AUGGCGCCCAUCUCGACCCAGACUAUCAUCACCCCGGAAAGCGUCCUCGGCCAGCCCGCCUCGGCAGCCAACCCGUCCUACCUCAAGGGCGACGCCCGCGACAACCUCAACGCCUUCCACCACGUCGAGUGGUACGUCGGCAACGCCAAGCAGGCCGCCUCGUACUUUGUCACCCGCUUCGGCUUUGAGCGCGUCGCCUACCGCGGCCUCGAGACGGGCUGCCGCACCCGCGCCUCACACGUCGUCCGCCAGGGCGACAUCUUCUUUGUCCUCACCUCGCCCAUCAACGGUCCGGGCGCCUACCAGACCGACGUCGCCUCCGAGGUCCAGGAGCUCGACGAGAUGCACCAGCACCUCACGGCCCACGGCGACGCCGUCAAGGACGUCGCCUUCACCGUCGACGACGCCAGGGGCAUCUACGACGCCGCCAUCAAGAACGGCGGCAGGCCCUACCGCGAGCCCUACGAGGUCGAGGACGCCGACGGCAAGGUCAUCUGCGCCGCCAUCAAGACCUAUGGCGACACUAUCCACACCUUCAUCCAGCGCGACGGCUACCGCGGCGCGUUCCUGCCCGGCUUCAAGGCCAUUUCGGAGCGGGACCCGAUCAACGCGCUGCUGCCCGACGUCCGGCUGGGCUUCCUGGACCACUGCGUGGGCAACCAGGACUGGGACGAGAUGGAGGAGGCGUGCGACUACUAUGAGCGCGCGCUGGGCUUCCACCGGUUCUGGUCGGUCGACGACAAGGACAUUUCGACCGAGUUCUCGGCGCUCAAGUCGAUUGUCAUGGCAUCGGCCAACGAGCGCGUCAAGAUGCCCAUCAACGAGCCCGCGGUGGGCAAGAAGAAGAGCCAGAUUGAGGAGUACGUGCAGUACUUUGGCGGCGCCGGCGUGCAGCACAUUGCGCUGCGCACCGACAACAUCAUCCAGGCCGUCUCGUCGCUGCAGGCGCGCGGCAUCGAGUUUAUCAAGGUGCCCGACACCUACUACACGGCCAUCAAGAAGCGGCUGGCGGCGACGGGCCUCAAGCUCAAGGAGGACUUUGAGACGAUCCAGCGCCUCAACAUCCUGAUUGACUUUGACGAGGGCGGCUACCUGCUGCAGCUCUUUACCAAGAACCUCCUCGACCGCCCCACGGUCUUUAUCGAGAUUAUCCAGAGGCACAACUUUGAAGGCUUUGGCGCCGGCAACUUCAAGAGCCUCUUUGAGGCCAUCGAGAGGGACCAGGCCGAGCGCGGCAACCUCUGA